CUUCCUCUUGUUAGGUGGAUCCUGCAAUUUUCCUUUGGAUGAGCAGGUGGAAUCUAAAUCAAUGUUUGUUUUCCAAAUCGGCCUGGGUUGGUGGUGAUUGUUGUUUUGUUGUUUUCUCAUUGUGAGACAGAAGUAUAGGGUUCAAAGUUGGUGAUAAUUAACUGAAAGGCACAUUUUCCAGGCUUGAGUGUCAGGGACAGGAGUAAAGAGUUCAAAUUUAAAUUGGGGAAGGUUAAAAGAAAAGCACUACAUGCUUUAUGCUUAAAAAGAAUGAUAAAAAGGUCUACCCAACUACAACGUUGUUCAAGACUAACAAGAAAAAAUCAAACCGAUGCAAGCAGGUCUGACCACAACCCUUUAAAAGAAACCAGGAAUAAGCCUAAGUAAUAGUAGAAAAAUCAUGUAACUGUAAAACAUAGGAUUUAAGCCAUAGAAUAAGUCAGUGUGUCAGUAGUUAUAGAUAAAUAAGCAAGUAGAUUAAUAUAGAUAUAGAUAAGGUUAGAUUAACAUAGCAACCUGCUCUUGUAGCCUUGCAUAGGAUAAAGGACAUAGGGUUUAUGAAUAUUAGUAAAAUGACAGAUGAAAAUGUGCGUAUAGGCCAUAAGAUAACUGUAGUUUUAAGUAGGCAUCAAACAAGUUACUAGUACUGAGUGUGUAAAGCAUUUGCUCUCGUAGAGACUCAUUAGUUACUUUCAACAAUGCACAUCUUGCUGGGAUUAUGAGAAUAGGGUCAUUUGAGUAAAAAGAUGUGACUAGAGAAACUUCAUCUUAAUUUCUUUUUUUUUUUUUUUUUACUGUCCCUGUGAAGGGAGAACUGCAUGACCCAUUUCUAGGAAAUAGAAACUAAAGCUGUUUUCUUAUUUUAAAAAAUUGUCUUUCUGUACUUUGUACCCCAUAAAUUGUACCCUACUCAGGAUGCAGCGGUGGUGGUGGUGAGCUACAUCCUGGGUUUGAAUGCCCUUGUAGGUCUACAUGAUUUUGAAGUAGAUUCUUGCCCUGCAGACCCCCACCCAAAUUCAGGAAAUGACUGUCUAGUACCUGCUUGAACCGCGGACUGUGGUCAACUGAACUCCAAAGCUAAUGCUUUUUUUAGUGUCAACUGAACUCCAAAGCUAAUGCUUUUUAGCUUCUAUUUAUCACUUGCUUGCUGACUGGAAAAUUCCAGCCCUGCCUAGAGCCCACAGGCCCCACUUAUGAAUGUUUUAAUUUCUGUGAUUGGUAGCUUACAUGAGGACAAGCAAGUCACUAAGUUGUGGUUUUUGUGCUUAUAUUCUCCUUGGAUGGACUAGGAAGUUGCUGUCCUGCCCCAGAACUUGAGUCUCUACGGUGGGUGACAGUCCCUGGCCAGAGCUCUCCCCCUGGAUACAUGCUGCAGACUGCACUUUGGAACCCACAACCUCCUCCUCUUGAACUGAAGAUUUCCUGUCCGCUUGCCCUUGGCUCCUCGAUCCUGGUGGGACUCAGAUUCCGCCUUCCUCUCCUAACGUCUUGAAAGCGUUGUCCUCCUGACCGCUCCAGUACCUGGUCGUACCGCGCAUGCCCACUUGGAGCACGGGCUACAGAGUCAGGAUUCUUCCAGCUGCACUACAUUUCCCAGGAGCCUUGGAGGUUGACUCACCUUUCACCCUUUAGUCUUCUUCCUGUGUUCCAGUGGCCACAGUCCCAGCGUGGUGAGAAAAUCGUGUCCCCCUCCCAAAACCCCCUUCCCAAAAAUAAAUUCCGCGGAGGCUUUCACAUCCGGAAUAGACCUGGCGGUGGGGGUGAGAGGCUCCGAAGGCGAGGAAGCCCAGUGAGUGCCACGCCUCUCUAAAAAACAGACAAAUAAAAAUCCUGGAAGAAGAAAGAAUUUUUGUUGCACAUCUGAAAGUUAAAAGUUCAGCUCUGGCUCUCUGAACUUUUCUUCUCUAAUAGAGGAAUACCAAGGAAGGCCGGCAUGGUUAAAUCAUGGCCCAGGACAAAGACAGCUUAUUGCUUUGCUACCAAAGGAGAAAUACAGGGGACUCCUGUACCCACAGGCUGUGAUUCUUCCCAUCAGCAAGAACUAGAGGUUUUCAAAGAGGUACCACUGACUUUCAGUGAUGUUGCCAUAGACUUCUCUCAGGAGGAGUGGGAAUGUUUAAACUCAGAUCAGAGGGAUUUAUACAGAGAUGUGAUGGUGGAGAAUUAUAUCAACUUGGUCUCUUUGGACUUUGAUUUCUCAACUGAGACCAACAAGCUGUCUUCAGAAAAAAACAUUUGUGAAAUAAAUUCACACCAUAAGGAGACAUUGAAAAGAAAUAAAACCUUCAACCUGAUGGGGUUUAUUUUCAGUAAUGAGCCACCAUGGAGAAUUGAAUUUGGGAGACAGCAGGGAACUAAAGUGGAAUGUCAAAUGAUAAUCAGAAAACUUGUAUCCCUUCCUUUCCACCAGAGAACUCAUGCUGUAAACAAAUCAUAUAAAUGUCAGAAAUGCAGGAAAUGCUUUAGAAAAUCUUCACAACUUACUGAACAUCUGAGAGAACAUACUGGGGCGAGUGCCUAUGUGUGUAAGGAAUGUGGAAAGGCCUUUGUAAUUCUCCGGAAUUUUAUUAAACAUCGAAAAUUUCACACUAAUCCUAAACCCUAUGAAUGUAAUAGAUGUGAGAAGGCGUUUAGGUUUUCUUCAGAACUGAUCCGACAUCAGAUGAUUCAUACUAGUGUGAAGCCCUAUGAAUGUGUGCGGUGUGGAAAGGCUUUUAAACGUCAGUCUCACCUUGUUGAACAUCAGAGAAUUCAUAUUGGUUUGAAACCCUAUGAAUGUAAGGAUUGUGGAGAGAGCUUUAGGUUGUACCGACAUAUGUGUCUGCAUCAGAAAAGUCAUCAUGGUGUGAAGUCCUACAUCUGCACAGAAUGUGGGAAGGCCUUUGGUCGUUGUUCGGGUCUUAUCCAACAUAGGAAAAUUCAUUCUGGUGAGAAACCAUAUAAAUGUAAACAAUGUGGAAAGGCCUUUAUUCGCAACUAUCUACUGAUUGAACAUCAAAGAAGCCACACUGGUGAGAAACCUCAUGAAUGUGUGGAAUGUGGAAAGGCCUUUAGCAGGGGCUCUAGCCUACGGAACCAUAAAAGAAUUCACAGUGGAAAGAACCUCUAUGAUUGUACGGAGUGUGGGAAGGCCUUUAAGAGGGUCUCAAGCCUUCGUAACCACAAAAGAAUCCAUAGUGGUAAGAACUUCUAUGAUUGUAAGGAGUGUGGGAAGACCUUUAGCAGGGGCUCAAGCCUUCAUAACCAUAAAAGAAUUCAUAGUGGUGAGAACCUUUAUGAUUGUAAAGAGUGUGGGAAGACCUUUGGUCGUCGCUAUCUACUUGCUCAACAUCAGAGUUUUCACAGAAGUGAGAAAAGAGGAAAGCCUUGAGCCGUAGCACAACCUUUAUUGUUAUCACUGUUCCACCUCCCGAUGAUAUCAUCAUGGUAAAGAUAACACAAGUUAUGAAAUAAAAAUCCUUGGAAGGAUUUCUGGCACCUUAGUAUUUACUUAAUAUAUUCUUUUAUGUCCAUGAUUAAUAUUAUUAAAAAUAAAUUCAUGAGUAAGAAAGAUA